UUCCGCUUCCGGGUUGCGUUUGAGCGAGGCAGAGAAGGAAAGAGAUUGUUGUUGUUGUUGUUGAGAAUUUGUUUUAAUGGAUAAAACUCGGAGCAGAAGACGAGUUUAACUGAUCGUACUUCACCAUGAGGAGAGUCACACUGUUUGUCAACGGGUCCUCCACCAACGGGAAGGUGGUGGCUGUGUACGGCUCUCUGGAGGAUUUACUGUCGGUGGCCGCUUCCAAACUGGGAAUAAGAGCCUCUAGUGUUUAUAACGGGAACGGCGGCCUCAUCGACGACGUCACUCUGAUCCGAGACGAUGACGUGCUGUACGUGUCAGAGGGAGAUUCAUUUGAAGAUCCACAGGAAGACCUCAUCGGGGCCGAGAGGGGUCAGACUCACACCGACUGGCUGACGCUCAACGUCGGUGGACGCUGUUUCACCACCACGAGGAGCACACUGGUCAGUAAAGAGCCUGAGAGUAUGCUGGCUCACAUGUUCAGAGAGAAAGAUGUCUGGGGGAAUAAGCAGGACUCUCAGGGGGCGUACCUGAUAGAUCGCAGUCCGGACUACUUUGAACCCAUUCUGAACUAUCUGAGACACGGACAGCUCAUCAUCAAUGAAGGCAUCAACCCUCUGGGAGUGCUGGAAGAGGCUCGCUUCUUCGGCAUCGAACAGCUCGCCGAACAGCUGGAGACCCUCAUAAAGUCCUCUCAGCCCCCUGAUGACCACUCCCCUCUGACCCGCAAAGAGUUCAUCAGAUUCCUGCUGGCCACCACGACCAAGUCAGAGCUGCGGUGUCAGGGUCUGAACUUUAAUGGUGCCGAUCUAUCUCGUCUGGAUCUGCGCUACAUCAACUUCAAGAUGGCCAACCUGCGAGGAGCCAACCUGACCCACGCCAACCUGAGCGGGGCUAACCUGGAGAGAGCCGACCUGUCCAUGGCCUCUCUGGAUGCGGCCAACCUGCAGGGUGUGAAGAUGCUGUGCACCAACGCUGAAGGAGCUUCACUGAGAGGCUGUAACUUUGAAGAUCCUGCAGGAAUCAAAGCCAAUCUGGAAGGAGCCAACCUGAAGGGCGUGGACAUGGAGGGAAGUCAGAUGACGGGCAUCAACCUGAGGGUCGCCACGCUGAAGAACGCCAAACUGAAGAACUGCAAUCUGAGAGGAGCAACGCUGGCCGGGACGGACCUGGAGAACUGUGACCUGUCAGGAUGUGACCUCCAGGAGGCGAACCUGAGGGGCUCCAAUGUGAAGGGGGCCAUCUUUGAGGAGAUGCUGACUCCUCUGCACAUGUCUCAGAGUGUGCGGUAAAACGCCUCCGUCCUCCACAGAGGGCUUUAAAGCACACUGAACGCUCACAGUGGACACGAUUGGUGACACAUUGGUGUUUCAUGAUCACAGUUAACGAUCGCUUUCUGCUGGUGUUGGUUUGUGGAUGACAUGAUGCAUUCGUGAACAUCGUAAUUUACCAAAAAAUCGUCACACACAUAUUUGUACAUCUUAAAUUACCUUAAUUACCAAAAAUUAAAUCGGCCCAAAAUAGUUCAUUUGAUCCCGGACGAGCCCCCAAUUCGCCACGCCCCCACCUCAGGUUGGACGAAAAAGGGAGAACACACAUCCGUUAUAACUAAAAAUAAGCUAAAUACAACAAAAACAAACAUAAUAUAUAUUUAUAUAUAUAUAUGUAUAUAUAGACCUGCCUCCAGGUGCGCUGAAUCUCACUGAUAAACUGACUCCGCCCCCCCCAGGCUCCUGGAGGGAGGGGCCUGCUCACAGGGGUCAUCACAGGAUCAUAAAACACACAUUUGUCACCAGUAUUCAGUAUUGAUGACCGAUGAAUGCCAAACAUUGUCUUUUGCUCUGAACCAAACGAGUGUGGACCUGUACUGAACCGCUUUGUGACGCGUCUUCUCACAGAAACGACGUUUGUAGGUUUAUCAGGAAGUUAGCGACGGGCGUUUGAAUGUAGUUUUAGAUUGAUUGUAAAAGUUUACGAUAUUCAUAAAGCUUCAAAACUCUUCUGAGCUGUUUUUAAGGUUGUGUCAAAUACAUAUUCCGUCUUUGUGGAAUUUGAAUAAAACUCCAUCAUGUGACCUCUGACAGGUGCUCGCUGAUGUUUGUCCUGCUUGUUCGUUUCUUAUUUGUAAAUAUUAAAAGUAAAAAAUGCCUCAUACAAGAACGUACCAACACAUUGUGCACAUUUAUAUCUACAGAAACCUGUAAAACUACAACUUAAAGUGUGUGUGAGAGAGGGCUUCAUGUUGAUCAUGUUAUUUGGUUUGCGAACAGGAAAAUGUCACAUCCUGCUGAAUGCUGGGUAAUGUGUGUGUGUGUGUGUUUAUGUUGUAAACUGGUGUGAACCACCGAGGUGCUAAACCUGAACCGUCUGUUCUGCUGUCUAAUAAAUGUUUUUUCUUAAAA